AUGUCGGUCGGAACGGGCGCUAAAACCGUUCGUACACGGAUCGGCGAAGGAACUCGGCAUCUUUUGAUCCCACGUCAUUCUCCGAUUCUCCCACUCACCUCCGACCUUCACGCGAAAAUGUCCUCUAAAUCCAGAUGGGCCGAGGAGGAUCCGGAAACAGAGGCAAUAAUUGCGCAACAAAAGCGCGAAAAAGAACAAAAGCGACGCGCCAAAGCGGAGAAACAGCGACAACUCGAGGAAGCUAAAGUCCAGCAAGCUCGACAGGAUGUAAACAACACGCAAGCCCCCAAUGGCGACUCAGGCCCUCCCACAAAGCGACGGAGACUCUCCAAUGAUGCGACCUCGUCGAAUGCCGUGGUAGCCAAGAUCGAUGCUGAAGAGAAGGCGCAACCAUCUUUGCUCCGCUUCCCGAUGGGGGAAUGGGGGCCCUGCAGGCAUGUGGAUAACUUCGAACGCCUGAACCAUAUUGAAGAGGGCUCCUAUGGAUGGGUGUCGCGCGCGAAGGAUAUUUCCACGGGAGAAGUUGUUGCCCUGAAGAAGCUGAAGCUGGAGAACUCGCCGGACGGGUUCCCAGUCACAGGGUUGCGGGAAAUCCAGACCCUCAUGGAGGCGCGGCACCAGAAUGUUGUAUAUCUGCGAGAGGUGGUGAUGGGCAACAAAAUGGACGACGUAUAUCUAGUGAUGGAUUUCCACGAACAUGACCUCAAAGCCCUUCUAGACGAAAUGCGCGAACCUUUCCUUCCAUCCGAGAUCAAGACUGUUCUUCUGCAAGUCGUUGGUGGACUUGAAUUCCUCCACUCACAGUGGAUCAUGCACCGCGAUCUCAAAACUUCGAAUCUCUUGAUGAACAACCGCGGUGAACUCAAGAUCGCCGAUUUUGGAAUGGCACGCUACUACGGUGACCCACCACCUAAGCUUACCCAGCUCGUGGUUACUCUCUGGUACCGUUCUCCAGAGCUACUCCUGGGCGCAGACAAAUACGGCACGGAGAUCGACAUGUGGAGCAUUGGAUGUAUCUUCGGCGAGCUUCUUACGAAGGAGCCCCUUCUACAGGGCAAGAACGAAGUCGACCAAGUAUCCAAGAUCUUUGCCUUGACUGGUCCACCCAACUCACAGACCUGGCCUGGCUUCCGGUCAUUGCCCAACGCCAAAUCUUUACGGCUCCCAUCUUCCUCAGCACCCACAUCCGCAAGCAACCCACCUCUACUGCCUCGCUCGCAAUUCCCAUACCUCACCAACGCCGGGUUGGGCCUCUUGUCCGAGCUCCUGGCAUUGAACCCUGCAUCUCGACCGACGGCGAGACAAUGCCUGGAGCAUCCAUACUUCCGCGAAGACCCACGUCCAAAACCGCGUGAGAUGUUCCCUACCUUCCCAUCUAAGGCUGGUAUGGAGAAACGUAGACGACACCACACACCUGAAGCUCCCAAGCGGGGUCAAGAGGCACCAGAGCUGGACUUUGCGGGCGUCUUUGGAGGUGCCCCAGGUGGAGAUGCGGGCGAGGCAGGAGCUGGAUUUACUCUCCGAUUAGGAUAG